UCGGCCUUUCAGAUGAUGAACAAAUUGGACCAUUUAACAUUUAGGACUAUGCUAAUAUUUGACUGAUGAUAUCUAAUACUCCAACUACACAGUAUAUACUCAUCAACCUAUUCUAGGCUGUUACAAAACAAAUCAGAUGGAAAGAAGCAAGCUCAAACUCUCAUCAUGGAAUGCCUGAUGCAUCAUUUUUCCAUUAUUUUUCAGUGAAGAUGCUUAGUGCAUCAUGCCUUCAUGAACUUGUUAACGUGUGGUCCCCUUUUUCCCUACUAUUUCUGUUUUCAGUUAAUAUAUGUAGCUCCCACUGAGUUAACCUUCCAAAUUUGUACUUUCUUUGUUUACUUGAAGCAGUCUUCUUUCUUUAAAGUUUCUUAAUUAAAUUGUCCCUUAUCAUCUUUCUCUUGUGCAUCUGGAAUCAGUUCUGCAAUGGGACUUCUCUCUCACCUCCUCGGUCGUUCUUCUUCAAAAUCUUCUUCCUCUGCUGCUUCAGUUUCAAAUCCAGGGGUCUCUUAUUCUCCACCCAGUUUUACAAGGAAGAGACUCCAGAAAGAGCUUGAAAAAAUAACAAGAGACCCUCCAAGUCACUGCAGUGGUGGGCUUGUUAGAAAUGACAUCUUCAAGUGGCAGGGAGCAAUCUUGGGUCCUGUUGAUACCCCAUUUGAAGGUGGUGUAUUCUUUCUGUCUGUCUGUUUCCCCAGGGAUUACCCCCAUAAACCUCCCAAAAUCAAAUUCCUAACCAAGGUCUACCAUCCAAAUAUUGAUGCGAAAGGCAAUAUUCAUGUUGACAUUCUGAAAGAAUGUUGGACUCCUGCCUUGACUAUUGACAAGGUUUUACUGUCCCUGUGCUCUCUUCUUACUGAUCCAAAUGCAAGUGGCUUCCUGAAUUCAAUUGCUGGUCUUUAUAGCAAUGAAAGGACACUUUAUACUGAGAAAGCAAGGGCAUGGACAAAGAAGUACGCAAUGGGCUGAACGACUGAGGGACCUGAUUGGCCUUGCUUAUGAACACUUGUUAUGGUAUCUUAUAUACAUACAUGAGUACAUGACAGAUCUGGCAUAUACAGUCAUAUAUAUAUAUACAUGAUUCUUGGUCUGCCUUAAUAUAAAUAAUUUUGCUUGCUUGUGUAUAUACUGUUAGAUAUAUACAUCUCCAUCUAGUUCAUGUGAUGUAUAUUUUGACUUUCCCACACUGGAAUGACUGGUUUAUAGAAGAAAAUGAACAGACAUUUUGAUUC